AUGUUCUCACUCCGGACAAUUGGACGUGGUGCUCCCGGCCUUCGGGCUUUCUCCACAGCCCGUAUGCUGCAAUCCGAGCUGGCAUAUCAAGUCUUUGGCGAGGAAAAUGGCCAAGCUGUCCGAGACCCAAUUCUGAUUCUACACGGACUAUUUGGAUCAAAGCAGAACAACAGGAGUAUCGGCAAGGCUUUGGCACGGGAUCUGAAAUGCCAAAUCUUUGCACUGGAUCUGCGUAACCAUGGCCAUUCUUUCCAUGCUCCUGAGCACAAUUACGGUUCUAUGGCAGAGGACGUGCAGGAGUUUAUUAAGCAGCAGAAACUCGACAAGUGCGUCCUAAUCGGGCAUUCCAUGGGUGCCAAAGCCGCAAUGGCGGUAGCACUGCGCGCCCCCGAACGCGUGUCAGCUUUGAUCCCCGUUGACAACGCACCGGUGAACGCAGCACUAAAGAGCGAUUUCCCUAAAUACGUCCGCGGGAUGCAGAAAAUCGAAGCUGCUAAGGUGUCAAAGCAAUCCGAUGCUAACAAAAUUCUCGAGGAUUACGAAGAGUCUCUUCCUAUCCGUCAAUUCCUUCUCACCAACUUGAUACGCUCCGAGGAAGAUAACACACUUAAGUUCCGAGUGCCGCUAUCUGUCAUCGGCGGCUCAUUGGAUCAUAUGGCUGAUUUCCCUUUCGAGGAAUCUGAUAACCUCCAUUACGACGGCCCGACGCUCUUCGUUCGUGGCACUAAGUCUAAGUAUGUUUCGGACGAUACUGUGCCGGCUAUCAAGAAGUUCUUCCCCAACGCGCAGAUUGUGGACGUCGAAGCGGGUCACUGGCUCAUUUCUGAGAACCCUGAAGCAUUUCGCCAAGCGGUGGUCAAGUUUUUGGGGUCGACAUAGUCGAGGUAAGCAUAAUUGGG